CUGACUGGGGUGUGUGAGGCACAUCUGGAAUAGUAGCUGCUAAAAGUCGAGAAGGGACAGAAGCACGACGGUACUUUACAAUUCUCAACUCUUCACUUCGCUUCAGUACACCCUCCUUUUUCCACGGAAACGCUUCUGCUUUGCUCUUUACCUACUUGAAAAAUGUUGCUCAUCCUGCUCGGAGUGCUUAUCUUGCACAUAAUCAUUCUCAUCCUUCUUAUUGUGUCGACAGCAGCAAGUACCUGGACUGUAGGUGACACCAGCAGCACGGAUCUGUGGUACAGUUGCAAGGCAUCUAAUGGAGGCUACCACUGCCAUCCAGCCAACUCUGAUGACUGGAUCCAGGCAGUGCAAGCCCUCAUGAUCCUGUCCCUGCUCUUCUGCUUCUGCUCCCUCAUCGCGUUUGUGUAUCAGCUGUUCCGACUUGUAAAGGGCGGACGCUUCUUCUUCACCGCCAUCUUCCAGAUCUUGGCGAGUGUAUUCGUGAUGUGCGGGGCAAUAAUCUACACCGUGAUGAGCUCAAGUGACAACGGGACCAGAUUUGGCUACGCCUAUGUGCUGGCCUGGGUGGCUUUCCCUCUGUCUCUCAUCAGUGGCCUCAUUUAUAUCGUCCUGAGGAAGAAAGAAUGAGAAUGCAAGAAGAGGAGAAGAAAGGGGGAGUUAUGAAACCCCUUACAACGACAUCGCACUGUGCCUACUGCCCACAGACCAAAGACUGACAUCCCAACAAUACUGUAUCGCAGAGUCAAUGAUUUCUAUUCCAUCACAUGCUGAAAGUAUCACACCUACAGUAUUUGUUUCGUGAACUUCACCCAAAGCCAAUUCUCACUACUCCUGUUUCCAGGGGUGUUUUUUCGGUGUGUCUAGAAAUGUUUAGGAGAUCUUAUUGAGUUCCCAACAUCUCACAAGUCCAUCGUGUGUGAUAAGACGAAUCAUCCUGCCUCACUUCAGUACGAAGAUGUACAUAGAUGUCUGUGGUUUUUAGACAUAUUUAUAACAUUUUUUUUUACAUACAUUGUGUACAUAGUGUUGUCAAGUUAACAUUGUCAUGCUCAUUUACGUGAUAGUUUGUCUUUCACAAAUCAUGCAGCUGUACCAAAGAUGUUGCUUUAACUUUCAGAGUAUCAAGCUUCUUUGUUCUUUUUUUACUUUUAUCUUCUAUGUGUCAUAUGCUUUAAAUGUUGUGCCUUACUUAGAAUUUGUGUACGUAUUGAAGAAAAUAAAACCAUUUUACAGAAAAAAUGGAUAAAAAAAAACAAACAAAAAAAACAAGUGUUAAUAAACCCAUGAAGUUUUACGGAGUUAUCUUUGUAUUUGAUAAUCCAAAUAAAAAUGAUUUGCAUUUUGUAAUAUUAUAAAUGGUGCUUUUUUUCUUUAGGAAAACCUGCUACUCUUGAAAUGUGUAUUCAAAUUUAUGUUGCAAAUGUUUCAUGUCUUGUAAUUAAUUUGUAUUGUACAAACUCAAGCUUGCAUUUUUGUCAGUAUCAUGAAUAAACCUUUUGAAUUUAAUUCUCCUUACCACUUAAGUCUUCCGUUAUCUGUAUUCUGCUGUAUAAAAAUUC